AACUUCAACGAGUCCCAUUUUGGCAAGGCUUCGGAGUACCAAACUGGCGAAUUGCGACGUUGGCGGAAUUGUAAUGGCAAUAAUUCCUUCCUCCUUCGUUCCCCAUUUCUCCUCUUUCUAGGUUUCUACCCCUCAUCGGUCCUCGCUCCACGGCCAUGGUGAGGAUGAAGCAGGUAAAGAUCUCGGUAAAGAAGGACGUGGAUUCGUACACAAUCCGCGGCACUAACAAGGUCGUCCAUGUGGGCGACUGCGUGCUGAUGCGGGCGUCGGACUCGGACAAGCAGCCGUAUGUGGCGCGGGUGGAGAAGAUGGAGGCCGACGGACGCGGCAGCGUGCGGGUGCAGGUGCGCUGGUACUACCGCCCUGAGGAAUCCAAGGGCGGUCGCCGGCAGUUCCACGGCGCCAAGGAGCUUUUCCUUUCCGAUCAUUUCGACCUACAGAGCGCCCACACCAUCGAGGGGAAAUGUGUUGUCCACUCUUUCAAGAACUACACCAAGCUUGAUAAUGUCGGGCCUGAGGACUUCUUCUCCCGAUUUGAGUACAAGGCGGCCACCGGUUCGUUCACCCCUGACCGCGUGGCAGUGUAUUGCAAAUGUGAGAUGCCAUACAACCCGGAUGACCUCAUGGUGCAGUGCGAAGCUUGCAAGGACUGGUUCCAUCCAUCUUGCAUGGCUAUGACCAUUGAACAGGCCAAAAAACUAGAUCACUUUGUUUGCUCAGACUGUUUGAAAGAAAAUGGUUCAAAGAGACUUUCAAAUGUAUAUGCCACUUCAUCAAAUUCUUAGCCCAAGGAUGAAUCAAUAAGGCAGACGAGGUGAAAACUGAGUGCCAACAUCCAGGGGAGAUGUGCUGCUUCUGUGGCGAAUCAGCCCUUGCACUGGCGAGAGCAGAGGUGUACAGUGCACUAGAAACCAGUGUUUGCUGUGGUUUGUUCGAUGUAACUAGCCAGUGUGGCAUGUCAUGCAGUUGUUGGUAGAUCAGUCAUUGUGUUGACUUGGUCAGCUUAACUCAAUACCCCCUUCGUUGAUUACUUUGUUGCUAUGGCGGUGCGGCAUGAUCGAUUACUGUUCUAUUAACAUAUGACUUUUAUAUGUUGAUAUAAUUAAAUUAUUUUGAUAC